ACUUUGGGCAGAUCACACAUAAGAGAGAGAGAGAGAGAGAGAGAGAGAGAGAGAGAGAGAGAAGCAUAUGAUAAAUCACAGAUCUGUUUGACCAAAAACACAAAACAAGACAGAAGAUCAGGCAUAGCACAGAAGAAGGAGAAGCUAAAUAGAGAGAGAGAAAGAGAAGAGAGAGAAAGACAGGAAUGGAAGGAGGAGCUGCCCCACCUGCUGACGCUGUCAUGUCCGACGCGGCGCCUCCGCCGCAGGACCAUCAACAGCAGCACCAGCAGCCGGCAGCGCCCACGGGUGUGGAGAAUAUUCCGGCGACGCUGAGCCACGGCGGUAGGUUCAUCCAAUACAACAUAUUUGGGAACAUAUUCGAAGUCACCGCCAAAUACAAACCCCCCAUUAUGCCCAUCGGGAAAGGCGCUUAUGGCAUCGUUUGUUCCGCUCUAAAUUCGGAGACGAAUGAGCAUGUUGCCAUUAAGAAGAUUGCCAAUGCAUUUGACAACAAGAUUGACGCCAAGAGGACCCUCCGUGAAAUCAAGCUGCUUCGUCACAUGGAUCAUGAAAACGUUGUUGCAAUAAGGGAUAUAGUGCCACCACCUCAGAGGGAGGCAUUCAAUGAUGUUUACAUUGCCUAUGAGUUGAUGGACACUGAUCUUCACCAAAUCAUUCGCUCAAAUCAAGCAUUGUCAGAGGAGCACUGUCAGUACUUUCUGUAUCAAAUCCUCCGUGGUUUGAAGUACAUACAUUCAGCAAAUGUUUUGCAUAGGGACUUGAAACCUAGCAACCUUCUCCUGAAUGCCAACUGCGACUUAAAAAUUUGUGAUUUUGGACUGGCGUCAGUUGGUUGUAUCUUCAUGGAACUGAUGGAUCGAAAACCAUUGUUCCCUGGCAGAGAUCACGUGCAUCAACUGCGUCUACUUAUGGAGCUCAUUGGCACCCCAUCAGAAGCUGAUUUGGGAUUUCUGAAUGAAAAUGCUAAGAGAUACAUUAGGCAACUCCCUCUUUACCGACGCCAAUCUUUCCAAGAAAAGUUUCCUCAGGUCCAUCCUGCAGCCAUUGAUCUUGUUGAAAAGAUGUUGACCUUUGAUCCUCGACAAAGGAUUACUGUUGAAGAUGCACUGGCACACCCGUACCUGACAUCGCUGCAUGACAUAAGUGAUGAACCGGUGUGCAUGACCCCCUUCAACUUUGAUUUUGAGCAGCAUGCUUUGACAGAGGAGCAGAUGAAAGAACUGAUAUACAGAGAGGCUCUAGCAUUUAACCCUGAAUAUCAGUAAAGUCAAUAGUGAUUUGGAAGAUAUUAUCUUUGGGUUUUAAAGAAAAUGUGUGGUGACUGUGUCAAUAGAGAUUUCUGUAUAUAUAUUUUAAAAUAUUUAAUCAUCUGAAACCAGAUGACCUUUGUUGGAGUUAAAUUAUUUUGGAUUAGAGGCAUGAUUGGCAGACUGCAACAAACAACAAUCAUAACAAUGUACCUUGUAUGGAUCAUGGAUGGCUUAUUUUGCUUCAUAUUAUUCUCCAGUUCAUUGGCUUCACCCAUUAAA